UAAUUUUGCAAAUUUGUUUUGAUUUUGAGCUCCCGGCAAAUUAAAAAAUAAAAUGGCUAGGAAUGCGGAAAAGGCAAUGACAACUUUGGCACGUUGGCGGGCGGCCAAAGAAGUGGAAACUGGUGAAAAGGAACGACGUCCCUAUCUGGCCUCCGAGUGCCAUGAUCUGCCGCGUUGCGAGAAGUUUCGCUUGGAAAUUAUACGUGAAAUAUCCAAGAAAGUGGCACAAAUUCAAAAUGCUGGUCUAGGUGAAUUCCGGAUACGUGAUCUCAAUGAUGAGAUCAACAAAUUGCUGCGCGAAAAGCGGCACUGGGAAAAUCAAAUUUCAUCCCUGGGUGGACCACACUACAGACGCUACGGGCCGAGGAUGUUUGAUGCCGAGGGUCGAGAAGUGCCUGGCAAUCGGGGAUAUAAAUAUUUCGGUGCUGCUAAAGAUUUGCCAGGAGUGAGAGAGCUCUUUGAGCAGGAACCGCCGCCGCCACCACGCAAAACUCGAGCCGAACUUAUGAAGGAUGUGGAUGCGGAGUACUAUGGCUAUCGAGACGAUGAAGAUGGUGUCUUAAUACCACUGGAAGAGAAAAUAGAACGUGCUGCAUUCCAACGGGCAGUGCAGGAAUGGCGUGAUAAAAUGGCACGUGAUGGACGCAUUGUGAAUGAAGAAGAUGAGGACGAUGAAGAGAUCUAUCCAUUGUCAGGGCCCGCUCGGGAAGCUGCCGAGGACGCCAAGUCACGGGGAGGACUAGCAGAUGAUCCACUGGGAUUACUGGCACCCAGAUUCACAGCCCACGUACCUGUGCCCACGCAACAAGAUGUGCAAGAGGCUCUACUCAAGAAACGCAAACAAGAACUAUUCGAGAAAUAUACGGGUGCCACAAAUUAACAUUUAUAAUAAUAUUUGUCCAUAUUUUUGAUA